UGCUGUGACAUUGAACGGGUGACUUGGGGUUAUUUUUUUUCUUCUUCUUCUUCUCCCUUCUUCAUGUUUCGCAGCGCCCAGGAGGAUUAAAUCUAACCAUUUUCGCAUCUUUUUUUUGGAGGAUCUUUUUUUUUUUUUUUUUUUUUUCCCUUGCUUGGUGGCUGCGUGCCAGCUUGUUGGCGGAUGGCGCGCCGUGCGGACUUGAUGCGUGAGCGGACGCCUCGUCUCGCCUUCACCUCACCGGCGCGUCCACGCUAACAGGUAGCCCGGGUGCGUUCUCCUUGGUUCUGCGCAUCCAUUCCGGGGAGGAGGGGGGCACGUCGGAGUGGAAGGACACCCGCAAAAGGGCUGCAAGGAGGAUGAGACGCUGAUCACCGCAACUGCUGCAGGUUUGGAAGAUUCCUUAGAAAACGUUUGAUUCCCGUCCUCCGUCAUGGAUCUAAAAGACUAUUACCUGUUGGGUGCUCUACUCGCCUGUAUCUGGCUCGACCCAUCCAUCGCCCAAGAACUAAUCUACCCCAUCAGGGAGGAGCUGCAGGAGAAUGUGCUCAUCGGGAAUAUACCCAGGGACCUUAACAUUUCUCACACCAACGCUGCCACCGGAGCAAGUGCUAAUCUGGUGUACCGACUCGUCUCCAAGGCGGGAGAUAAUCCCCUGGUCCGCGUUCUGAGCAGCACAGGUGAGAUAUUCACCACCUCCAACCGAAUAGACCGGGAGAAGCUAUGCCCCGGCCCCUCGUUUGAGGACAGCGAAUGCUCCUUUGAGAUCGAAGUGGUCAUCCUGCCUAAUGAUUAUUUCCGGCUGAUUAAGAUCAAAAUAACCGUCAGAGACACAAACGACAACGCGCCGAUGUUUCCGUCACCUGUGAUCAACAUCUCCAUUCCGGAGAACACGCUCAUUAACAGCCGUUUCGCUAUUCCUUCGGCCACCGACCCGGACACCGGCCCCAAUAGUGUCCACAAAUAUGAGCUGAUCAACGGGCAAAGUGCCUUUGGCCUGGACAUAGUGGAAACACCCGAGGGGGAGAAGUGGCCCCAGCUUAUUGUGCAGCAGAAUCUGGACAGAGAGCAGAAGGACACGUACGUGAUGAAGAUCAAAGUGGAGGACGGCGGCAGCCCGCAGAAAUCCAGCACCGCCAUCCUACAAGUUUCCAUAACGGACGUCAACGACAACCGGCCUGUGUUUAAGGAGAGUCAGGUGGAGGUGCAUAUCCCGGAGAAUUCCCCCGUCGGCACAUCUGUCGUGCAGCUUCAGGCCACGGACGCAGACGUGGGAGCCAACGCAGAGAUUCGAUAUGUGUUUGGCGCUCAGGUGUCACCUGCUACGAAGAGGCUGUUUGCACUCAAUACCACAUCUGGCCUAAUCACGGUGCAGAGGCCCUUAGACAGGGAAGAGACUGCAAUACAUAAGCUCUCUGUUGUGGCUAGCGACGGCAGCCCGAGCCCCGCCAGAGCGAUUAUUUCCAUCAACGUGACCGAUGUUAAUGACAAUCCCCCCAAUAUAGACCUGAGAUACAUUAUCAGUCCCAUUAACGGCACUGUUUUCCUCUCUGAGAAGGAUCCCAUUAAUACCAAGAUAGCCCUCAUCACGGUGUCGGACAAAGACACCGACAUCAACGGCAAGGUCAGUUGUUUCAUCGAGAACAACGUGCCCUUCCACCUCAAAGCUGUGUAUGACAACCAGUAUCUGCUGGAGACAUCUGCGCUGCUCGACUAUGAAGGGACAAAGGAAUAUAACUUUAAGAUCGUGGCUUCCGAUUCCGGGAAACCCAGCUUGAAUCAGACCGCUUUGGUGCGGGUGAGGCUGGAGGACGAGAACGACAACCCGCCUAUUUUCACUCAACCCGUCAUCGAGCUGGCCGUCAUGGAGAACAACAAACGCGACUUGUUCCUCACCACUCUCAGCGCCACGGACGAGGACAGCGGCAAAAACGCGGAGAUUGUUUAUCAGCUGGGGCCGAACGCGUCCUUCUUUGACCUCGACCGCAAAACGGGGGUUUUGACGGCCUCCCGGGUUUUCGACCGCGAGGAUCAGGAUCGCUUCCUGUUCACUGUCACGGCGAGGGACAACGGGACCCCGCCUCUGCAGACGCAGGCGGCGGUGAUCGUAACCGUGCUGGACGAAAACGACAACAACCCCAAGUUCACGCACAACCACUUUCAGUUCUUCGUCUCGGAGAAUCUUCCUAAGUACAGCACCGUCGGGGUGAUAACUGUGACGGAUUCCGACGCCGGGGAAAACGCCGCAGUUUCUCUUUCCAUUCCGAAUGACAAUGAAAACUUCAUACUGGACGCGUUCUCUGGCGUGAUAAAGUCCAACGUGUCCUUUGACAGGGAGCAACAGAGCUCCUACACGUUUGACGUCAGGGCUGUGGACAGCGGCAGACCCCCUUGCUCCUCAGCAGCUAAGGUGACCAUCAAUGUCAUCGACGUAAACGACAACACUCCCGUUGUCAUAUACCCCCCCUCAAACACGUCUUUCAAACUGGUCCCUCUGUCCUCUAUCCCCGGAUCUGUGGUCGCGGAGGUGUUUGCAGUGGACGGCGACACAGGAAUGAACGCUGAACUCAAAUACACGAUCGUGAGUGGCAACAACAAAGGUCUGUUCAGGAUCGACCCCGUCACCGGGAAUAUCACCCUGGAGGAGAAACCGGCAGUGAGCGACUUGGGUCUACAUAGAUUGGUCGUCAACAUCAGCGAUUUAGGAUAUCCUAAGUCCCUUCAUACUCUGGUGCUGGUCUUCCUUUACGUCAAUGAUACUGUGGGGAACUACACACUCAUCAAUGACCUCAUCCGACGUAGGAUGGAGACACCGAUUGAUCGGAACAUGAGCGAUAGCAGCGAGACCUACCAAAGCGGGGACUAUUUAACAAUAAUGAUAGCCUUUGUGACCGGCGCCCUGGUGGUGAUUAUCGUCAUAUUCGUUACCGUUCUGUUGCGCUGCCGUCACACCUCCAGGUUCAAAGCUGCACAGCGGAAAAAGCAGGGGACCGAGUGGAUGUCGCCGAACACGGAGAACAAGCAGAACAAGAAGAAAAAGCGCAAGAAAAGGAAAUCUCCCAAGAGCUCUCUGCUCAACUUUGUCACCAUCGAGGGGAACAAACCUGAAGACCCCGCCCACGAGCCCAUCAACGGGAGCAUCAGUCUGCCCACCGAAUUGGAAGAUCAAGGGAUCGGACGCUUUGAUUGGAAUGCCACGCCUACCACCACCUUCAAACCCGGCAGCCCCGACCUGGCCCGACACUACAAAUCCGCCUCGCCGCAGUCGGCCUUCCACCUCAAGGCCGACACGCCGGUUUCCGUCAAGAAGCACCACGUGAUUCAGGAGCUCCCUCUGGAUAACACGUUUGUCGGGGGCUGCGACACCCUUUCCAAGAGGUCCUCCACGAGCUCAGACCACUUCAGUGCCUCGGAGUGCAGCUCCCAAGGAGGGUUCAAGACGAAGGGGCCCAUGCACACCAGACAGCAGGCCUGGAGAAGAGUUCAAAGCCAGAUGGAACAAUCACAAGGCUUCUUUCAGGAACCAAAGCCUGCGGAACACUACAGAACUCAGCAAGCACAUUUGGAACCUCAAAGACAAUAAUGUUGAAUAUUCAAUAACAUAGCAAAUCCUUGCAUUCAGCACACCUUACACAACAGUGGUAAUAAAAGAUGCAACCCAUGCUUAAAAGAGAAACUUUUUAUUAUAUACCGCCCAGACCUGUCAUCCCUCAACAAGCGCAGCGAAAUUGUAUCAGCAUGCCGUCACAGAAGGAAACACCUCCUAGGUAUCACAUGAGCCAAUCACCACGCCCCUACGCCUGCCUGUACCUACCCGUUCUGAGCCCUAUAUAAACCAUGGUAUGUGAAUGCUUCUAUUAAAAUCUCCUGAUGAUUGAGGGAACCCCUCAUGAAACAGGCCUGUAGAGAUGAAGUAGUCUUGUGAUUUUUUUCCCACACAUACAUACAUACAUAUAGAUAUAUA